UUUAAUUUUCUUAUGGCAUGACUUGGUCUAAAUAUCUAGGAAGAAUGCAAAUAUCUUGUAUUGCCGUAUUAGAUUCCCAGAUAUAAAAAAUUUGUGGAGGGAAUGAAAUGGAGUUAGAUUGUAAGAUUGUUCAUCAUCAAUGAUAACUUCUCAAUCACCAAUGAGGGGAUCCCUUUUUCUACUACUUGCUUGCUUCUGUUUAGAAGCUUGUACAGCGGUGGAUUAUAUAACAAUCACUCAGCCUCUGCAGGACUCCGAAACUAUAGUUUCUUCAAACCAGACUUUCAAAUUAGGAUUUUUCAGUCCUGCAAAUAGUAGUGGUCGAUAUGUUGGAAUCAUGUUCAAUGUUCCUGCAGUUGCAGUAGUAUGGGUGGCUAAUAGAGACAGACCAUUAAAUGAUUCAUCAGGAACUCUGACAAUCUCAGGAGACGGCAAUCUUGUGGUCUUGAAUGGGCAGAAGGAGAUACUAUGGUCAUCUAACGUUUCAAAUUCUGUGGCAAAUUCUACUGCACAACUCUUGGAUACUGGAAACUUGGUUUUGACAGACAAUCCCAGUGGAAGAACUCUGUGGGAAAGUUUUCAGAUUCCGACAGACUCAUAUCUCCGGCGGAUGAGAUUAAGUUCAAGUACGAAAGGCCAGAAAAUCCGAUUGACCUCUUGGAGAAAUCCUUCUGAUCCAUCUAUCGGAAGUUUCUCCCUAGGUAUUGAACCCCAGCAAACUCCACAACUCUUCAUUUGGAACGACAAUAAACCUUAUUGGCGCAGUGGUCCAUGGAACAGCAGUGCCUUUAUUGGAGUUCCUGACAUGGAUCCAGUUUAUCUAAAUGGUUUUAACCUGGUAACGGAUGAUACAGGAUUGGUGUCUGCUACCUUCACGUAUUCAAAUGAUAGUGGUUUGUUGUACUUUGAAUUGAGUUCCUCAGGGUCUAUACUGCAGAAAGUUUUAUCAGAUAGAAAAGGGGAUUGGGAGGUUACAUGGUCAAGCCAAGGAAGUCAAUGUGAUGUCUAUGGCAUAUGUGGACCUUUUGGAAGCUGCAAACCCCAUGGUUCACCUAUUUGUACAUGUUUGCAAGGUUUUGAGCCUAGAGAUAAGGUGGAAUGGGAAGGAGGAAACUGGACUAGUGGUUGCACAAGAAGGGAAAUGCUGCAAUGUGAGAGAAAUAAUUCUGUUCGUUCUGAGGGCAAACAAGAUGGAUUCUUGAAGCUCCCAAACACUAAAGUUCCAGAUUUGGCUGAAUGGGUAGCAACUUCAGAAGACGAAUGUGGUACUCAGUGCUCAAAUAAUUGCUCCUGUUUAGCUUAUGCCUCUUAUCCGGGCAUUGGCUGUAUGCACUGGAAGGGAAGCUUAAUUGAUAUACAGCAGUUUGCCUCUUCUGACGGGGCAGAUUUAUACAUACGUGUGCCUUAUUCUGAACUUGGCAAGAAAAGGGACAUGAAAGCAGUCAUUGCAACCUCAGUAAUUGGAGCAUCUUUAUUUAUUGCCGUCUCUCUAUAUUUUUGUUGGAAAUGGUGGACUAAGCACAAAGGUAAAGACCAAGAUGAUCAGGUGUCUUCGUUUGAACCUGCGUAUAAUGUGGAAAACAUGGUCAGCAAAACUGGGGACGGAGCCAAGUUAGGAGAGCUACCUCUGUAUACUUAUGAAACACUAGCUAAAGCAACAGAUAACUUUGAACAAUGCAAUGAGCUGGGCAAAGGUGGUUUUGGUCAAGUCUACAAGGGAAAGCUGUUAGAUGGCCAGGAAAUUGCAGUGAAAAGGCUUUCCAACACUUCAGGCCAAGGCAUUGAGGAGUUUAUGAAUGAAGUUGUGGUCAUUUCUAAACUCCAGCACCGGAACCUUGUUAGACUCAUUGGCUGCUGUGCUGAAAGAGAAGAGAAAAUGCUAGUCUAUGAAUACAUGCCAAACAAAAGCCUGGACUUCCAUCUAUUUGAUUCUGAUAAGCCAAGUGUACUCGAUUGGAAAAAACGCGUCACCGUCGUUGAUGGGAUUGGCAGAGGCCUCCUUUACCUUCACAGAGAUUCAAGAUUAAAAAUCAUUCACAGAGAUCUAAAGGCAAGCAAUAUUCUAUUAGAUAAAGAGCUGAGACCCAAGAUAUCAGAUUUUGGCUUGGCAAGAAUUUUCAGAGGCAAUGAAGAUCAAGCCAAUACAAGGAGGGUUGUGGGUACAUAUGGCUACAUUGCCCCCGAAUAUGCAAUGGAAGGCAUAUUUUCAGAAAAAUCAGACGUCUACAGCUUUGGGGUGCUGCUAUUAGAGAUUGUGACAGGAAGGAGAAAUAGUAACUUCUAUUAUCUCGAGAAUGAGCUGAGUCUACUUGGGUAUGCCUGGAAAUUGUGGAAUGAAAAAGAAGCAGUUAAACUGAUAGAUGCAGCUAUGUUUGUCCCGGGUAUCGAAAAAGAGGUCUUGAGAUACGUCCAUGCAGGGCUAUUGUGCGUGCAAGAAUUUGCAAAAGAUAGGCCAGCAUGCAAUACUAGUAAUGCAUUCAACAAGAUGGAUGUAGCACAACAUCAGUUUGCUUUGGAGGUAUCAGCAUACAAUCUGCUGCUUGGUUAUGUUUAUGCAUCUCAGUCUGACCAUAUAUUUGACAGCUUACUGGGUAUAAAGUAUAUAAAUAACUAUUUACUUGCUAUCAUGGACAGUUUUAGCAAUAGUCUCUCCUAUGAAUACUUUCUUCUAGUCUCUGUUUCUUAGGCUGACUUUAUGCAUCUGAAAUUAUUUUCUCAGAGAUAAGAGCAGAUUUCAACGCACAAUUUGGAUUAUUUGCAGAAAACCAAUUAGUUUCUGGAUGACGUAUUUGGAUGUCAAUGUCUUACCCAUGGUUCUAGAUUGGAUUUUUAGUACUUUUCCUAGUCGACAGAUAACUCAAUUUUAGGAAAUUUUUAUGUUCAUAUUUCUUUAUCUAUAUACGAAUUUGCAUGCUUGACUUAUGA